AUGGCCAUGGAUGGACGACCUGAGUUUCAGUUCCAAGAUCGACCUGUCGAUCAAGGUCGGGAAACGCGGGUUCUGAUCAUUGGGGCCGGGGUCUCUGGGAUAUGCACGUACAUUCGUCUACUGCAGUACGUCCCCAACAUCAAAAUCACUAUUCUGGAGAAGAACCCUUCUCUGGGCGGCACUUGGUGGGAGAACCGGUAUCCAGGGGUUGCUUGCGACAUUCCCAGCCACGUUUAUCAAUAUACAUUUGAGCCGAAUACUCAAUGGUCCAAGUACUUCUCACCUGGCGCUGAGAUCCAGGAGUACAUCAAGGGAGUAGCCAAGAAAUACAAAGCCGACCAGAAGGUCCGAUACAACACCAAAGUCAUUGGUGCGACAUGGGACAGCGACGCUGGCAUAUGGGCUGUGGAUGUGGAAACAACGAGCUCUGAGGGUGACCAUGCGCACGAAAGGCUCGAAGCUGAAGUGGUCAUCAGCGCAACAGGGUUGCUGAACAAAUGGAAAUGGCCCAAUAUUCCUGGCCUAGCCGACUUCGAAGGCAAGCUACUUCAUUCUGCGAAUUGGGACUGCUCAUGGGACUGGACGAAUCAAAAAGUCGCGCUGAUCGGGUGCGGCUCAUCGGCCAUUCAGAUGCUUCCCAGACUCCAAGCAAAAGCCGCUGUGGUACACAACUUUGUACGCGGCGGAACCUGGAUCAGCCAGCCGUUCGGCGGGUCGUUUACAACCGAUACCAUUGCAAAGAGCGGUGAGCCAGGUAACUACUCAUACACAGCAGAGGAACUACACAAAUUCGCCCACGACACGCAAUACUACAAGGACUUCCGCAAAGCUAUGGAGCGCUUUAUCAACAUGGACUACCCCUGUCUUUUCCCCGGCUCACCUGAAGAAAUCGCCGGCACCCAGGCUAUAACGUCGAACAUGAAGACCAAACUCGCCAGUAAGCCCGAAGUGUAUGAAGCCCUCAAGCCAAAAUUCGUACCUGGCUGUAGAAGAUUGACUCCCGGACCUGGAUACCUGGAGGCGCUGACGCAGGAGAAUGUCAACUUUAUCAAUACCCCAAUUGAGAAGGUGACGAAGAACUCCGUCCUCACGUCUGACGGCCAAGAAUACCAGGUCGACGCCAUCGCCUGCGCGACGGGCUUCGACACGUCCUUCAUGCCUGCAUUUCCGAUCGUCGGCCGCGACAGCGCACGCAUCAGCGACAUCUGGUCCCACCACGCGUCGGCGUACAUGUCGCAUUCCGUCCCGGACUUUCCAAACUACUUCUUCGUCGGCGGACCGAACUCGGCGACCGGCGGCGGGAGUCUCUUGAUCAUCUUCGAAAGCAUCAUCGGCUACGUGGUCAAGGCCGUGCAGAAACUCUCCCGCGAACGCCUGCGCAGCAUCCAAGUCAAAGCGUCCGCGUUGGCGAGCUGGAAUGCUUAUCUGGAAGCAUACUUCCCGCGCACGGUGCACGUCGACGACUGCUCCAGCUGGUAUAAAGUCAACGGCAAGAUCACGGGCUUGUGGCCGGGGAGUAGUCUGCACGCACGCGCGACGCUGGAGAAUCCGCGGUGGGAGGAUUUUGAGUAUGAGCAGGUGCCGGGGCAUGAUCUGCUUGAGUGGCUGGGAAACGGAUGGACGGUGGCGGAUAAGGAGAGAGGGGAUUUGAGCUUCUAUCUCGACAAGGUCGAUUAUCCGCCUGUGCCAAGUGAGGAGGUUCUGGCGAGGCAGCCUUGAUUUUGAUAUACGCAGCAGCUGUCGGAAGAGCAAAGGUUGGUGGCUGUUUCCGGAUUUUGCGAAUGACAUGACAAUGAGUAGAGUACCGAAGUGGUAGGGCUUAAGGAUGAGGAGAAGGCAGCAUCCAUUCAUAAGUCGAAGAGAUGCCACUUGGGAGGAUUGACUUAGAAUACGAACUAGACGAUGAGUGUAUACUUAUUUAUACUAG